AUGGAGCUGACUUUGUCAUCACUUUUCAUCGGCUUCAUUCUCGUUUUCUUUUCUGUCAGAUCACUACAACACAAAUUUCACAAAUCCAGGGAUGUUUCAACCCCCAAACUUCCUCCAGGGCCAUGGAAAUUGCCCAUCGUUGGAAACAUAUUUCAUUUUGCCUUCGCAGGUUCACUUCCACAUCGAGCUCUGAGAAACCUUUCUCAAAGACACGGCCAAGUCAUGCAUCUACAGCUUGGGGAAGUAUCCACUGUUGUUGUUUCCGGAGCUAGAGCCGCGAAAGAAGCGCUCAAGACAAAUGAUCUCGCUUUAGCAAACCGACAAAAGAUCCUAGCCUCGGAUCUUGCCUCGUAUGAUUAUCAAGGCCUUGGGAUGGCGCCCUACGGCGAAUACUGGAGACAGAUGCGAAAAAUCUGCGUUCUGGAACUUUUUAGCAUGAAAAAGUUCGCGGGUUCGCUUCUAUUCGAGAGGAUGAAGCUUGGAAUAUGGACAGCUCGCCAAAUCAAGAAGCUGUUUAGGCGUUUGGACAGAAUCUUGGAUGAAAUUAUCCAAGAGCACAAAGAGAAAAUGGCCCGAUCACAAGCACAAUCCCAAUCCUCCAUGGAACAAGUGAAAGAAGAAGAAAAAGAAGAAGAAGAAGAUAUAGUUGACGUUCUGCUAAAGAUCAAUGAAAGAGGAGACCUGGAAAUCCCAAUAAAGGACAACAACAUUAAAGCUAUUGUUAAUGAUAUAUUCGCCGGGGGAACUGAAACUACUGCAUCGACCACUUUGUGGGCAAUGUCGGAAAUGAUGCGAAAUCCAAGAGUCCUGCAAAGAGCACAAGCAGAAGUAAGAGGUGCUAUGCCUCAGGGAAAAACCCGGAUACAUGAGGCAGAUUUGAAGGGAUUGAGUUACUUAAAGCUCGUGAUAAAAGAAACGCUCAGGUUAUACCCGCCUGUCCCCUUACUAGUCCCAAGGGAAUGUCGGGAGAAAUGCCAGAUUCAAGGAUAUGAUAUCCCUAUUGGGACCAAAUUUAUUGUCAACGGUUGGGCAGUUAACAGGGAUCCUGAAUUUUGGAUCGAGCCUGAAAGUUUUCGUCCUGAGAGAUUCUUAGAAAAUAUUAUUGAUAUAAUUGGACCCAACUUUGAAUAUAUCCCAUUCCGGGGAGGUAGAAGAAUGUGCCCUGGAUUUUCAUUUGGUUUAGCAGUUGUAGAACUUGCAUUGGCUCAAUUGCUCUACCAUUUUGACUGGAAAAUCCCUGGUGACAUAGAACCUGAACUGCUGGACAUGACUGAGCUCUUUAGCAUCACACUUCGAAGGAAAAAUAGCUUGUGUUUAGAAGCAAGCUUGAAAUUCCCGUUUGAAUAG